UGUUUAUUUAAAAAGGGCCUUAAUCAGUAAAUUAUACAAAACAUGCAGGAUAAAUGUGUCUGAAGCAUUGCUUCCUUUUUAACAUAUUCACAGUUUUGUCAUAAAAUCAUAAUAUCUUAAGUGGCCAAAAUAAAGGUUCUAAUCCUAAACACACUUACUAGGGAGUACGCCCAAUUGAACACAGUGUGCCAGGUUCAACUAAUGAGCCACGCUCAUGGAAGCCCAGACAAGGACUUGCUAGGGCAAUGCAUUUCCCCCUGCCCCCAAUUGGCUUUGGUGUGUGUGUUAAAAGAACCCCCAGAACAGCACAGGGAAGAGAGGAGAAGAGGGAUCGUUCUGUCUGGCAAGCUGAAAUGCUUGGGCUGAUGGAAUGAUUGUCAUAGUGCUGCAUUAAAUUCCUCUCAGUAGAACUUACUUUUGGAUUGACAUGUGUAGGGUGGCCUUUCCUGGAGAACAUACCAUAUUGCCAGUGGUGUACGUGCAACUUUAUAUCACUUUGCUAGAGAAAUCACAGCAGUAUGCAUGGUAGGGCCUUCCUAUUAAGUUUAUGAAGUUUAUUUAAAAGUAUCCUUUCUCAAAUGUGGGCCUUACCUUUCAAAGCUAAAUUUGGAUUUCCCGCUUCUAAUAUGCCCAGACAUUAACAUGUAUUCCAGUAUGGUAGCAUAGUGACCUGUUUUUGGCAGUGCACUCUGAUUUUACAGUUUCUGCAGGAGAAAAUUGUUUACAUGCUCAGUACCACAAGAAGGUAUGUGGUUGCAUUGAUGGAUGCAUUAGCCUUUUAUUCCUCCACCCAUUCUUCUUAGAUUCACAUGGUCUUCUGUCCUCUUCCAGCUGCUCAACUUCUGUACCCUGUCUUCUUUUUUCCUCCCUCGUAGGCAUACAUUGAACUUCCUAGCCCUCAACCCUUUAAGCUGCCCAACAUCCUUGUCUCUGCACUCUACCCCUCCCAACAGUGCACAGCUGCUCUUUUCCCUCUCAGUGUUUUUUUCCCCCUUCUUGUAUGAUACUCAGUGAUCUAUCACUGAUUCUCUUCCCUCCUCCUCCACACUUUGGAUGUUCUUCAAUAUUACUGAUUCUCACCCCAAAAGAGAUGGUGGGUUUGCAGGUAAUAAACAUAUUCUUUUAUAUGCUUAUGGAUGGGUAACCUGUUCCAGUCAGAAGACCACAUUCCCUCAAGGACAACUUCUUUGGGGCUUUGUGCCAGCAGUGAGGUGGGUCUAGCUCAGGGAUAAGGAAACCUGUUGGGCUCCAACUCCCGUCAGCACUAGCAGGCAUGGGCAGUGGAAAAGGUUACUGCAUAUUUAUCUCACCAGCUCUAUUUAAUGUAUAAAAUGCCUUCAAUUCAUCUAAACAUUUUUAAAAGAAUAUCCUCUUCUCUCAUGGUAAUAGGAAUGAAACCUGUGAUUUCCUACACACUGCUGUAAUUGAAACCAGAAAGACUCAAUACAAUUUUUUGCUUCUUGUGAUGUUACAGUUUUCUGAUACAUUUCCAAACAAUACCAUCUGCAGUUCUACCUUUUCCUAUAUUUUCCAGCACCUUCAGUGAAAUACAUGCUGCUAUUCAUGGUGAUUAUUCUAUUCUGUUCUAUUCUAAUAUUUACACACACACACACACACACACACACACACACACACACACACACUUUCACUAGCUAAGUACUGUGUGGGUACUGGAAAAAGAGCUGGUUAUGAAAGUGUUGAAUCCAUACUCCUGAUUUGCUUCAGGCUUCUGUAUCACUUGCAUUUUUUUGGUUUGUUUUAAGAGAACUCUGUCUUGGACUACUUCUACUCAUGACAAAAAAAAAUCUACUAGUGCCAGGGAAGGAAGAAUCUGUGAUAGAAGAUAAUGCAAAGACCUACUGAUCUUGUCGCAGCUAGCACAAAAGUUGUGGGAAGAUGGAGGAAAAACAAAGACCAACCAGCUUUAGGACUAGCAUGCUUUCCAUCCCUUUCAGGGGUGUGUUGGGGGAUGGGAGGGCUUUGGAUCCUGUGGAUUUAAUCCUUCCCAUACAGACACCUUUUCCCUUUUACUGCUGUUGUGUGCUGGCUGCAGAGUUUCCACAGUCUCACUAAGAGACUCCCAAGAGUGGUCCUCCUUGGUGCAAUACAAUAUCCUAUGGCUCCCAGAGGCUAUGCAAUUGCACUCUCAGAAACCCUUGGGCUUUGAAAUUGAGGAUAUUUUAUAAUAGACAAAACUUCAACUAACAUGUGUAACUUUAUCUUUUAACGUCUCCUACUUUUUGCUGAUAGCAAUGGUUGUUUUUUUUUCUUUUUGCCAUUAAAGUGUGAUAGUUGCUCUGUUUUUUUGGAUAAAGUCUAAGGAGCAGGAACUUCUGGAUGGGGCAUAGAGCACUCAUUACAAAUUUGGCAGAAAAUAGUAAAAUACACACCUGUUUUAAAAUGCAUUUAAAUUCGUUUGGUUGUCUACAGUAGAUUCCACUCUGAAGUUGCAGCAGUCUAAAGUUGUGCAGGAAUAACAAGAAUGUGCUUUUUUAAGGUUUCUGGAGAGUUAAUAAAUGUAAUUCUUAGGAUGUACAUGACUAUCUAAUGUAGUCUAUCAUAAUUUUCUACCUCUCCUACUUUCAUAGUCAUACUUUAAAAUAGGCUUGAGUAUGCAUGACUUGAGUAUGUGGAGGCUUGAGUAUGCAUGGCCUCCAUCAGCCUUUCCCCCAUCCUUGUGCUCUUCAUAUGUUUUAGACUACAGCUCCCAUCAUCCAUGACUAUUGGCCAUGCUGGCUGGGUCUGAUAGGAGAUCAGCAUCCCAGCACUUGGAAGGCAUCAGAUUGGGAGAAAGCUGGUUAUAUCAUUAGUCUUGAACUGGAGGAUUUCUGCCCAUUUCUGAGACUUGGUGACUGAAUUAAGUUGUAUCAGCAGUUGCAUUACUAUUUUUGUUUCCUUGAUUCUUACUCCUCCUUGCAAAAAGAAAAAAGAACAUGAGCAAUAUAUAUAUAUAGUUGGCCCUGCCACGCGUUGCAGUGGCUCAGUUUGUUAAAUGGAGCCUCAGAGUCCCACUUCAGACUCCCCUCACCUUCAGAGUCCCCCUGUUUUUCGUGUGUUAUGUUUACAUAGGUGCAUCCCUAUAUCUCCCCCUACCCUGUUCUGUCCCUCCUCCCCCCAUCCCCCGGUUCAUCCCUGUGAUUGGGCCCACCCUGUCCCAACCUAUGACCUUUUCGCCCCCCCAUCCCCCACCCAGGCAGGCCCCUACCUCCACUUGGCCUAGUAUGGAAAGUGGCCUAGUCUGCAAAGCUGAGGCGAGAUACUGUGGAGAGGGCAGGUUUCAUCCCUGUGUCUCCCCCCUCCCCAUUACCUAUCCCUGCGCCCUAUUUGCCCCCCCAACCCCCCAGGCAGGCCCCUACCUCCACUUGGCCUAGUCUGGAAAGUGGCCUAGUCUGCUGCGGCCUAUUCAGUCUGCUUGGCAAUGCUGGGCCUUGUUGCUGCAAAAUGCCUGUUUUCAGUUGGUUGCUGCGGAAUUUUGUGAUGUCAUCUGGUGGUGCCGCUUUGGAGGCAGCAGGGUGCGAUCUGUCUUUCUAUAGGAUGCUGUUGGAGUCUUCAGAACUUCUGCUGGUGAUGCAUAAUUUGGGCGCCACUUUUUUGUGUUUAAUCAUUUUAGGUGUGAAAGGUGUGCUUUUGGGGGGGGAUUUACUCCAGAUCCAUCCCUGAUGGGCAAGGUACGCUUUGCCCUAAUUUGUUGGAAUUCAGUUCAGCGGUUACGGUGAAAGGCUGGGACAUCCACGCAUGCAGUGGGAACAUUUAUAUAUAUAUAAGAUGGGUCGCAUUGGAAGAUGGGUUUUAAGUUUGGAUUAGGAGAAACUGGGGUCUACACUGUUAAUCAUUCCUAUAAGAGUGUGGUUUAUUUUGUAUAAUGAACUCUUUAAUGAGAGUGAAAUUAACAAUCUUUUUACAUAAAUCAGGCACAGAAUAAGGCUUUUUAGAUGUUUGUUUUCCUCUGCUGGGGAAACAAUGGUUUCAGUAUUGAGGGUUAGGAGUGACCUCUGUUCAAUGGCUAUGGUUUUGAUGUUCACUUCUACAUGUUGUGAGGGAAUUGAGGGAGGAAGCAUGUGAACAGCAUGCAUUUGUGGGGAGUAGCAUCCAGCAACAUCUUAUUAACUUGCUCAAAGCUGUCAUGUGAGUUAUAUGGUUAUACCGAUUAGUACCUAGGACUUCCUUAUCCCACAGCUGAACUGAUCCAGUACAGGAAAAUGUUGAGGUCAUCACAUGCUGACCCAUGAUUUUUCUCUGUGUGGAACUGCAUUCUGUAUCAUACUGAGCUUUGAGGUAAGUAGAAUAACAGCUCAGUAUGGAGGUAGUCUUUGUGCGUAAUUAUUGGACUGAUUUCUCUUGGUAUUUUUCUAAAGAAUGAAAGAUAAUAAUAAUAAUUUAUUAUUUGUACCCUUGCCCAUCUGACUGGGUUAAUCUGGGUGGCUUCCAACAUAUAUAAAAGCAUAAUAAAACAUUGAACCUUAAAAAGCUUCCCUUUUUAUACAGGGUUCCCUCCAGAUACUGGGGAAAUCCAGCCAGAUGGGCGGGGUAUAAAUAUAUUACUAUUAUUAUUAUUAUUAUUAUUAUUAUUAUUAUUAUUAUUAUUAUUAUUAUUAUACUUUUGAGCUUUUCCAUGUCAUGCAGAAAGAGUACUGUAUUUUACCUGAAAUUCCAUUUCCCAUCAAAGCAUUUGCUUUUGAAGUAAAUGUGCUAAUAUAAGCUCUUGAUUGUGACUGUACAAAUGAAGUAGGCAUUCAAAUGAAAGCCCCUUUAUCUAGUAGUGGCAAAAUUCAUUUACUAAAAUAGUCCCUUCAUGAGCUUUUGACGCAGAAGAAAAAAUAGGAUUCAUGAUGUCCGGACCUUUUUAUAUACAGUAGGUUCACACAGGUGGUUAUUCCUUCUGUCUCAAUGGAGGCAAGAGAAACAUCACAUAAACAGUAACUAUUAUAAGGAAGCUCAUCAAUCAGCUGUGAUACCUCAGUACACUGUCAAGUGACCUGGUAACUGCCAUACCACACUAUAUUAGUAAGAAUCUGUAAAUGUCUGGUUAUUUAGAAGGCUAGUGUAGCUAAAACAAAUGAAAACAAAAUUGGGGGCUUGCAAUGGUAUGUUGUGAAAACAAUGUAGCACACCCAUGCAUUGCUUUUAUCAUGUCCUUGAACUGAAUAGUAAAAUGUUUGUUGUGCGAUACAUGAUGGCAUGUCCAUGCUGCAGGGAACUCCUAAGUAACUCUUGUUAUCCCUUUUUGGGGAGGGGUAAUGUGUGUUGUUGAUAUAAUGGGUGAAAGAGCCAAGGUUUUGGAUGAUGAUGAUUGAUGUAGAUGUAUAGUCUGGUUAGAACAUUCCAAUGGAAGAGGAAUGGUCUAGUGACUCUAGUUUGUCUGGCACUGAUGUGAUGUACUUUCCUCAACUUACUCAUGCAAGUGUGCACACACCCCUUUCACAUACAGAUGCUCGUACCUUUCAUUCUCACUUCUCUGGUGUAGUGCUUACUAAGGCAUUAGACAUAUUGAGCUGCAAUGUGCUUUUCCUUUUGAGUCAUAUACAGCUGUAACAAAAUCAGAAGUGCUGCAGGAAAGAGCCUUGGAUUUUCCCCAGUAUCCACCAAAAUAGGUAGUUCUGUUCUGUUUUUAACCAUUCUAUUCCUCUCUUACCCUUAUUCAUUCUGUUGCUCUAUGUACCAUACUCUUGAGUUGAUUACUGCCAACUGAUGACUACUAGAUUGUACUGUAGUGGAAAAAGGAAGACGAUUGAAUACUGUACUGGAUAGUGACAAGAUGCAUGCGAUGAGUCAUCAGUUCAAGAGGUUUAGGAUGAAUAGUUUCCAAGAUGUAUGCAGUUGUUUCAGUUAAUUAAAAAUGGCUCUUCAGGUAGUAGUUGUUUUGAGGUGGGUGGGGGUAGAUCUAAGAACUUACAAGAUGGCUACAAUUUUUUUCCAAUGCUAGGAAGGAUUGUGUGUUUAAACUUGAAAAGAGGCUCUAGUUUUUAAGAAAUAACAUUUUUUUGUGAAAUUCAAGCUCCCAUUUUUUCAUUCAAGCUCCCAUCAGUGGUUUACAGCGGUAAAAUACCAUGCAUUCUUAGCUUCCAUAUAUAAUUUAUUUCUGAUAAAGUUCAGAGCCAAAUCCCCAAAGGUCUUUGACCCAGCAACAGCUUGCAUAGACAUAUUGAUAAGAAUUGGUUUAUCAUUUUAUUAGUGAGUUUUUUUGUUUAUAGUUACUACAGAUGAUAAACCAGAUUUAAUGUCCGUGGUUAAACCACUGAGCCUAGGACUUGCUGAUCAGAAGGUCAGCGGUUCGAAUCCCUGUGACGGGGUUAGCUCCCGUUGCUUGAUCCCAGUUCCUGCCAACCUAGCAGUUCGAAAGCACAUCAAAGUGUAAGUAGAUAAAUAGGUACCGUUUCCGUGCGCUGCUCUGGUUCGCCAGAAGCAGCUUUGUCAUGCUGGCCACAUGACCCGGAAGCUGUACACCGACCCCCUCAGCCUAUAGAGCGAGAUGAGCGCCACAACCCCAGAGUCGGUCACGACUGGACCUAAUGGUCAGGGGUCCCUUUACCUUUAAUGAUCUUCAAACUUGCUAAGUUUGACAUUGCUCUAGUACUCAUAACCAAUAGUCUAGUUGCAAAGCUACUCUGGCUCAGUUGCUUUAGGCCUGCUCAGGAUUCUGAUGCUGAUUAGACUUUCUAGACAAACUAAAACAAAUGCUUUAUUUGCAUAGCCACGUCCAUCACACAGCUGCUUUUUUGUGUGAAAGCAAAUAUCAUGCAACUAUUGUAGUUCUUGUAGUGGACAAGCGUUCCUUUUUGUCCUGAAAUGCAGAAUUGUGUGUGAACAACCCACAGUGUAAGUGCAUCAUAUAAAUGAUGAGGCAGAGUUUAGUUGUAAAGGUCUGCAUACCGUACUGUUUACUCAUAAGUAGCAAGCUUGGCCUACACAGUUACAACCUAAGCCAAAAUCCAUGGAAACUGACUCAUAGAGGAGCAUUCUGUGUUUAUAUGCUGCCCACACCAACCAAUAACUAAACAUUUGUUUUCAGUUUCUGUUAAAAAUGUGAUGGUUUCAUCUUUCCUUUGCUGUUCCUUGUCUCCUCCCUCCCCUGCCAUUCUCACAUUGGUGAUAAGCUAAUUGCCAGCUACACUUUAAGUUGUUUCUUGUUAAGUUGUUUCUCAUAUAUAUAUUUGCUUUAUUUUAUUUUGGGUCACAACCUUUGAAAUCUUCUCUUGUAUUCUGAUAUGUUUCUUCAAGAUUCUGUGGCUGUUCUAGCAUUGUAAUUUAUUGGUGCCUUAUUUAUAGGUUGCUUUUGGUACAUACAUACAUACAUACAUACAUACAUACAUACAUACAUACAUACAUACAUACAUAGAUAGAAAGAUGUGGGAGAGGGAAGACUUUCGAGAGGGUGAAAAUCAUUUAUUUCUCUAAAGUUGGAGGAACUACAAUAUGAAAAGUGAAAUGGUCCCUGUUAAAAACCAAACAUACAGUAAAAGAAAGCUCCAAAGCAGCUGACACCACAAUGAUCCCUGCCCAUCCUGCUGGUGGUGCUGUGGCAGUUUGCCACCCUUUCUUAUUUAACUUUUGCAGUUUAGGGUCUGUAGGAAUCACCCUGUUGCCCUAAUUAGUGGUGAGACCUUUCUUUUUGGCCUAGCCAGGUUCAGACUUUUAUGUGCCUCUUGACUGGGCUGAGCUAGUUUACUACUGUAUUUUAUGUUUUUAAUAUAUAAAAGCUAUUUAAUAGCCUUCUCUACAAAUAGCCUGUAGUCUUUUGGGGUGUUGUAGUACAACAGUUGCAGAACCAUAUUUAACCUAUAUGCUUCAGCUUUGUGCCCUUGUCUCAAAGUAGCCUCAACCAGCAUAGAGAUUAUGUGGGCUGUAGUGCAAAGCAUUUGGAGGGGCAGGCUUCUUCAGAUUGAUAAUGAUAUGCUGUAUAUUUUUGCUUUGGUGCCUGUUGAAGGUUCAGAUGGCAUAGAACUUGAUAAUAGACCUGCUAACUGUGAUAUGUUGCUGGAAACAUACAUUUCUAGUUGUCCUGGCACAUUUCAACGUGCUGGCUUUGAUCUUUAAUGCCCUAAACUUCUGGGGUAGAAAGUAUCUUGCAACAACUUCCUCCCCUGCAUCUCCUACAAGUUCAAUUUAGUACAUUGAGCUGAUUUUUAAAUGACAAGUAACAAUUAUCUUUAAUUUAUACAGCCUGAAAAAGAGUUCUGAUGAAGUGGAAUGCUUUCUCACUGCUUAUUUAAAUUGGUUCUAAUGUUGCAUUUGUAUUUUUUCCCAAUUGGUCUUCAAACAGACCAACUACUAUUUUGGAGUAAGGGGAGUGGAAAACAUUUCCUGAAGGUAGGUUUUUUUAAAAAUACAGAAAAUGUGUUAUACUUCUGGAACUAAGAAAGGUUUUUUUUAUGGAACAGGAUUGUUAAUGAACUAUUUCACACUUUGAAGUAGUUGACAAUUUGUGGAUAUGGUGCAAAUUUAGAAGCAUUUGCAGGUAUGUGUGGCACAUUGGGGGCAUUUGGAAGAGUGAGAUCUGUUUGCCUAAUAAGGAAUUGAGCACUUACAAAUGAGCAUCUACUCUUAAGUACCUGCUCCUACCACCAUUAACUGUUGCACCUCUUAGUUGCUAGAAGAUAUUAUAUGUGAAUAAUUAUUAGAAUCAAUGGUAAGUUCAGCUGAAGAAAUUAUAUUAGAAUUAAGACUUUAAUAGUAUUGCAUUUCCCACUUCCUCAGAAGGACUCGGGACUAUGUUUUGCUGUUUACUAAUAGACCUUUCACACACACCAUACAAAAGUCCUGUGGAAUGGAACAGGCUUCAGAUACUGUCUGGAAGAGAUAGGGAGGAGACCUUCAGGAGCACAGGUAAAAAUGUGUUAGAGCGAACGUAUUUCAUAAUAAUUCUCAACUUUUUCUGUAAACCAUUGUUGCAGCUUGCACUAUUGUGGCAACAGUGGUUUACAAACUAGGUUGAUAAGUGUUAAUCAGGAGUGUCUCCAAAGCAAGGUUUAUGCUUAACUUUUUGGGCAUAAUGUUUUCCUGUGCACAUGGAAGUCUGCUCCCUAUUUCUUCCUGUUGUUAGUGCCUUCCUGUUUGUCAUAGGGCCGGGGGGGGGGGGUAGUCAUGGGUUUCAUGGCUGAGAAGGGAUUUGAAGCUAAAUCUUCUAGUCCACCAUAUGGUGGACCAAAUGAACAUGGCUAUUAGUUUUUUAUUCCAUAAAUUUGUCUAACCCUCUUUUAAAGCCAUCCAAGUUGACGGCUUUCACUGCUUCCUGUAGGUGCAAGUUCCAUAGUUUAACUAUAUGCUGCAUGAAUAAGUUAUUUCACCUUUCCUGAAUCUUCCAGUGUUCAGCAUUAUUGAUGUCCCUCAUUUCUAGUGUUAUGAUAGAGGGAGAAAACUUUUCUCUGUUUCUUUCAUGCUAUGCAUAAUUUUAUAAACUUUUGUCAUAUCACAUUUUCUCUAAACUAAAAGUCCCAAACACUGCAGCCUGUACUGAUAUGGGAGUUGCUCCAUCCCCUUGAUCAUUUUUGUUACCCUUUUCCAGCUCUGAAUAUCCUUUUUGAGGCAAGGUGUCUGGACCUGCACACAGUAUUCCAAGUGCAGUCGCACCAAAAAUUUGUAUAAUGGCAUUGUGAUAUUGGCAAUUGCAUCUUCUGUUCCUUUCCUUAACAUGGGACAGGACCUUCAAAUUUGAGAUCCUCUGCUUAUAUAUCUCUGUCUCUGAAUACUACUUGCUGGAAAUUGCAAUGGAUGGGAGGACUGCUGUUACCCUCAAGACAUGCAUGCAGUCUUCCUAUAGGCAUCUGGCUGUGCACUGUGAGAACAAAGUGCUGAACUAGAGGGGCCUUUGGCCUGAUCCAGCAGGGCUCUUCUUAUGCUCUUUCCCCCCAGGGAAGUUUGCUGGACACCCACUCUGUCAUUUGAGUGUCUGAUUAAAUAUUCACAUUUCCAGGCUUCUAACUUUUGAGAUAGUUUAAUUUUGAUUUUAUAUUUUGUAUUAUGACACAAUUUAAGCCAUUUUGUGCAGCACUGUAUAAAAUUUUGCAGUAUUGUGUGCCUUAAUAUACAAGUAGUUACUGAUUAUGCUAAAUUAUAAGAAUACAAAUGAGUAAAGACUACAUGGAGUAAUAUUGCAGUCAUGGUGACUUGUAUCACAGUGCCAUACAUUUUUCCAUACAUUUGGAAUCUGAAUAUUCAAGAAUGAUUUUGAUUAAAGUGUUGGUAAUUUUAAAUUGCAAAGAGUAACUCUUUGAGUUUGUUUGAAAAGCUGGAUUUUAGUCUGCCAUUAACCAGGCAGUUUGUUGCCUUUAUUGAUUGAGCAGCUGGCAGAAGUGAUGGGGUACACAUUAUAACAGUACCAAUGUUAUUUGGGGUGGUAUUGCUGUUACCAGUUAAUUGUAUCGUGUGGAUUUUUAUAUUUUUGGGUGUUAGUAAGCAUUGGUGAGAAAUGCAAAGUGAAAUUGAGAAGCUUACAAUGAUGUGUCCUAGACGGGGGACGACAACGACUGCAGUUUUUUACGGGAUUAUUAUUUUAGUAUGUGUAAUACUGUUGAUUAUACACUUGAGGAAUACUAGAGAACGUGCGCUGUUGCAGCUUUCACAAACGGGAGUGCACGAGAAAAUGAAAGAACUGCGUUUCCUUUAAAAUUCUAGCUUUCCACCCUCCUUCCUGAUUGACAGCGUGCGCGAGUCACAUGGCCUGCCUCUAUUUGAAGGUCACAAAAAGCUGCUUCCUUUAUAAAGACGGAGGGGGAGAGCGAGGAAGAGGGAGUGUGUGUGCGCGCGCGCGCGAGCGAGCGAGGGAGAGAGCGAGUUCAAGCCAAGAUGGCCGACGGAGUCUCUGCUGGCUUUUGAACAUUUCAAAUUGAAAUCAUAGAAAUAUAGCAAAAUCAUUUUUGAGAUCUCUUAACUUCCAUUUUUACCCUGUAUGCCUCAACUUGCUGGAUUUAAGCACUGUUGCACUUUAUGAGGAAAACUGCUUCCCAGUGUUAGAAAAAUUAUACCCCAAAAAAACUGAAUGGAAAGAAGAUGUUCUAAGAGAGAAGGAGCAAGAAAAGGAAGAACAGUUAAUGGAAGACAAGAGAAGAAAGAAAGAGGAUAAGAAAAAGAAGGAAUCUACUCAGAAGGUCACAGAUCAAAAAACCAAAGUGCCCGAAGCGACGAAACCAAGUUUAAGCCAACCAGUGACCGCCAGCCCAAUUGGCAGCUCUCCAUCGCCACCAGUCAAUGGUGGCAACAAUGCCAAAAGGGUGGCAGUGCCGAACGGUCAACCGCCAAGCGCCGCCCGCUACAUGCCUCGGGAGGUGCCGCCGCGAUUCCGUUGCCAGCAGGACCACAAAGUGUUACUGAAACGUGGGCAGCCCCCUCCGCCAUCUUGUAUGCUCCUUGGGAGUGGAGUAGGGCCAUCUCCUUCUCCAGCACCUGGAGUAAAUCCAAACAACGCACAACUAGUAACAACAGGAGUGCUGCUGCCAUGUGACAGUGGGACUGCAACAGAUUCAACAACUGGAGGUGGUGCUUCUUCAAAUUAUGCAAAUUCCACUUGGGGUCCUGGAGCCUCCUCCAACAGCACCAAUGCCAACCCAACUCACGUCUGGGACGCGGUGAUUGUAGACAGGUCUGACAUGGAAGAGUGGCCUUGUAUUGCCAGCAAAGAUACUGAGUCUUCUUCCGAAAACACCACAGACAACAACAGUGCCUCGAACCCUGGCUUGGAGAAGAGCACUCUGCCAGGAAGCACCAAUAGUAACAAAGGAAAAGGAAAAAACCAGUGCCAGUCUGGAAGCUCUGGUAACGAAUGUAAUCUUGGGGCCUGGAAAUCUGACCCUAAAGGUAAAUCUGUUCAAUCUUCCAAUCCUGCAGCAGAGAGUAAUAGUGGUCUAGCAAGCUGGAGGAACUUGAGUGGGCAGGACAGAAUUGGCCCCAGUUCUGGCUUCAGCAAUUUCAACCCAAAUAGCAACCCAUCUGCUUGGCCAGCACUGAUUCAGGAGGGCAAUUCAAGGAAAGGGACUUCAGAAUCUGAUAAUGGUGGUUCCAAUGCACAGAUUAGUACAGCAGGUCAGACAUCUAGGGAACAGCAGUCAAAGAUGGAAAAUGCGGGUGUUAACUUUGUCUCUGGCAGAGAACAGGCUCAAAUUCACAACACUGAUGGACCAAAAAAUGGAAACACUAACUCCUUGAACUUAAGUUCACCAAACCCAAUGGAGAAUAAGGGAAUGUCCUUUGAAAUGGGCUUUGGGAACCCCUCCAGGAACACUGAUGCCCCUUCACAAAGCACUGGAGAGAGAAAGACUGGGAGUGUUGGGUCUUGGGGUACAGUUAGGGGGCCUUCUGGAAUGGACAGUGUCUCUGGUCAAAGCAAUUCUGGAAAUCAUGGGAACAAUGGAAAGGAUAGGGAGGACUCGUGGAAGGGAGCUUCUGUUCAAAAAUCGAAUGGGUCACGAAAUGAUUCUUGGGAUAACAGUAACAGGUCUACGGGUGAUGGGUCUUGGACCAUUGGCCCUCAACACUCUAGUGAAAACAAAUGGAGUGAAGGGAACAAAAUGACAUCAGGGGUGUCUCAGGGAGAAUGGAAACAGCCGUCUGGGUCUGAUGAAUUGAAGAUUGGAGAAUGGAGUGGUCCAAACCAACCAAAUUCUAGCACUGGAGCAUGGGACAAUCAAAAGGGCCACCCCCUUCCUGAAAACCAAGGCAAUUCCCAGGCUCCCUGUUGGGGCAGAUCUUCCAGCUCUACAGGAAGUGAGGUUGGAGGUCAGAGCACUGGAAGCAACCAUAAAGCAGGAAGUAGUGACAGUCACAAUUCUGGACGUCGAUCAUAUAGGCCUACACAUCCUGAUUGCCAAGCAGUCUUGCAAACUUUGUUGAGCAGGACUGAUUUGGAUCCCCGAGUGCUUUCAAAUACUGGCUGGGGUCAAACUCAAAUCAAGCAAGAUACUGUUUGGGACAUAGAAGAGAUGCCAAGGGCAGAGGGAAAGACUGAUAAAGGAACUGAGGGGUGGGAGAGUUCUGCCAUUCAGACAAAGAGCUCAGGGGGCUGGGGAGAUGCACCCAGCCAAAGCAAUCAAAUCAAGUCUGGAUGGGGUGAACUCUCUACUCCGACAGAGUGGAAGGAGCCCAAAAACACUGGAGGAUGGAAUGAUUUCAAGAACAAUUGUUCUAAUUGGGGAGGAGGAAGACCAGAAGAAAAGGUGACAACAUCUUGGAAUGAGAAUUCCAACAAAGAUCCAGGGUGGAAUGGACGGCCACCUAAUCAAGGGUGGUCUUCUGGAAAGAAUGGCUGGGGAGAGGAAGUUGACCAAACAAAAAAUAGUAACUGGGAAAGUUCAGGAAACAAGUCGAUGUCAGGCUGGGGUGAAGCUGGUCAAAAUGAGAUUGGGACUUGGGGUAAUGGUGCAAAUACAAACUGUUCCUCAAAAGGAGGGUGGGAUAAUAAUAAAAGAACUCCAGCAUGGAAUGAUUCUGGUAGACAAGCCAAUUCCUGGAAUAAUCAGCAACAGCAACACCAUCCACAGUCAGAAGCACCUGGCUCCUGGGGCCCACCACCACCACAGCCUCCAGGAAAUGGGAGGCCACCCAAUCCUAACUGGAACAGUGGGCCACAGCCAACUGCCUCAAAGGAUGAGGAACCCAGUGGCUGGGAAGAACCAUCCCCCCAAUCAAUUAGUCGAAAAAUGGAUAUUGAUGAUGGCACUUCAGCAUGGGGAGAUCCCAGCAGUUACAACUACAAGAAUGUGAACCUGUGGGACAAGAACUCACAAGGUGGGCAAGCUUCACGAGAACAGAAUAUGCCAACUCCAAGGCCCAGCAAAGUAGCACCCUCAGUCUGGAACAAAAGCACACCUCCUGCUCCAGAUAAUGGUACAGCUGCUUGGGGUGAACCAAAUGAAACCAGCCCUGGAUGGGGUGAAGCUGAUGAUACAGGGGCUUCUACAGGUUGGGGAAAUGGACCCUCCACUGCACCAAAUGCCAUAAAACCUAGUUCCAAACCACCUCAAGAUGGUUGGGGGGAUAAUGAUGGGCCAGUAUCAGGAACAAGGCAUUCCAGCUGGGAAGAAGAGGAGGAAGGAGGAGUCUGGAACACAGCAGGCUCUCAGGGAAGCAGUUCCUCCCAUAAUUCAACAAGCUGGGGACAAGGAGGAAAGAAACCACAGAUUAAGUGUUCGUUAAAAGGAGGAAGCAGUGAUUCGUGGAUGAAUUCUUUAUCUGAUCAGAUUUCAAAUAUGGGAUUACUAAAUCAAACUGAAGACACUCCAGGCAGUAAAAUGGACCUAUCAGUAGGUGGUCUCCAAGAUAAGAAAUUUGAUGUGGAUAAACGAGGGAUGAAUCUCGCUGAUUUUAAUGACAUUAUGAGAAAGAGUCGGCCAGGUUUUCGUCCUCCUAAUUCCAAAGACAUGGGAACCCCAGAUAGUGGGCCUUACUUUGAAAAGCUGACUUUGCCUUUCUCCAAUCAAGAUGGGUGCCUUGGGGAUGAGGCUCCCUGCUCCCCCUUCUCCCCUUCUCCCAACUACAAGCUUUCUCCCUCUGGUUCCACACUACCCGUCUGCCUUGGGGCAAUCGGCUCAGGGCUCAACCCCCAAAACUUCGCUGCUAGACAAGGUGGCAAUCAAGGUCUGUUUGGAAACAGCACAGCACAAUCGAGAGGAAUGCACCCACCAGUGCAACCACUAAACCCUUCACCUAAUAUCCGGGCACAAGUGCCUCCCCAAUUUCUUUCUCCCCAGGUUUCUGCCUCCAUGCUCAAGCAAUUUCCUAACAGUGGUCUGAACCCAGGUCUUUUCAACAUGAAUCCCCAGCUUUCUCCUCAGCAGAUCGCUAUGUUGAGCCAACUUCCGCAGAUCCCCCAAUUUCAGCUUGCUUGUCAACUCAUCCUCCAGCAACAGCAGCAGCAGCAACAACAACAACAGCAACAACUGUUACAGAGUCAAAGAAAGAUUUCCCAAGUAGUACGACAACAGCAAGAACAGCAGAUUGCCCGUAUGGUGAAUGCCUUUCAGCCACAACAGAGGCAACCUGGCAUGAAACAUUCUCCAUCCCAUCCAGUUGGGCCUAAACAUUUAGACAGCAUAGUACCUGGUGGUCUGAAUGUGAGUCUCUCAGAUAUACCAACCAAAGGGCAAAUCCCUGGAUAUAGUUCAGGUUUUGGUUCGAGUGGCAUGGAUUAUGGCAUGGUAGGAGGGAAAGAAACUGGAACAGAAUCUCGCUUUAAACAGUGGACUUCUAUGAUGGAUGGAUUGCCAUCUGUAGCUUCCCAAGAUGCCAAUAUGCACAAAAAUGGGACGAUUGUGCCCCCUGGAAAAGUACGAGGGGCAUCGCCCUAUAACCAAUUUGAUAUAAUCCCUGGCGACCCACUGGGCAGCCACACGGGUCCUGCUGGAGAUAGUUGGUUACCUGCCAAAUCUCCACCAACAAGUAAGAUUGGAAGCAAAUCCAGCAAUGCCAGUUGGCCUCCAGAGUUUCAGCCAGGAGUGCCAUGGAAAGGUAUUCCAAACAUUGACCCUGAAUCUGAUCCCUAUGUGACCCCAGGAAGUGUGCUGGGGGGUACAGCCACAUCCCCCAUUGUAGAUACUGAUCACCAACUUCUGCGGGACAACACCACAGGGUCUAAUUCUUCCCUCAACACCUCGCUGCCUUCACCUGGUGCCUGGCCCUACAGUGCCUCUGACAAUUCCUUCACAAAUGUUCAUAGCACUUCAGCAAAGUUCAGUGAUUACAAAUCAACAUGGUCCCCAGAUCCUAUAGGACCCAAUCCCCCUCAUCUCUCCAACAAGUGGAGAAACAAUAUUUCCUCAAGAAACACUACAGGGCUACCCCGCCCACCUCCUGGUCUGAGUAAUCCAAAACCAUCCUCUCCCUGGAGCAGCACAGCACCCCGCUCACUCAGGGGGUGGGGGGCACAGGAUUCAAGGCUUGCCUCUGCCUCUACCUGGAGUGAUGGUGGAUCUGUUCGUCCCAGCUACUGGCUGGUUCUUCACAAUCUCACUCCGCAGAUUGAUGGGUCAACUUUGAGGACCAUCUGCAUGCAGCAUGGUCCGCUGCUGACAUUCCAUCUCAACCUGACCCAAGGCACCGCCCUUAUCCGAUACAGCACCAAGCAGGAGGCAGCCAAGGCCCAGACUGCACUGCACAUGUGUGUUUUGGGAAACACUACCAUCUUGGCUGAGUUUGCCACAGACGAGGAGGUUAGUCGCUUUCUGGCACAAGCUCAGCCUUCUACACCUGCAGCAACACCCAGCACACCUGCAGCAGGCUGGCAGUCUCUAGAGACAGGACAGAAUCAGACAGAUCCAGUUGGACCUGCUUUGAAUCUUUUUGGUGGGUCAACAGGGCUUGGGCAGUGGAGCAGCGGUGGUGGCAGCAGCAGUGGGGGUGACCUUGCUGGUGCUUCAUUAUGGGCCUCCCCAAAUUACUCUUCAAGCUUGUGGGGGGUUCAGAGUGUAGAAGAUCCCCACAGGAUGGGAAGUCCUGCUCCCUUACUACCUGGAGACCUUCUAGGCGGAGGGUCGGAUUCAAUCUGAACUUAAAACUUUCAACUCUGACCUCGUGACCUUUUUUGGAACAGCAGCAGCACUAACUUGACCUUUUCUUUUUUUUCAACUUGCAAUAAAUACAUUUUAAAAGGAAAAAAGAAAAUGGAGAGAGAAAAAAAGGUGGGUCAUUGACAGGACUGUCUGAGCACAUAGUUGCCUCCCUUAUAACUUCAGUUUUUUCGUUUGGAAUAUGAAUCCAAAAAGAGAACAUAUCACUCUUGAAAUACUUGAAUCAUGAACGCCAACUUAGAAAGACAAUGUGAAGCAAGUACACAUACCAUUCAAAUCUAAACACAAAAAAUUAAAAAAAUUAGUUUCUAGUUUUUCACUUUUUCAUGUUAUACGGAAGUUGUUGCUAAGAAACAUAUAUACUGAAAAAUAGCUUUUUAACUUUGUUUGCACUGGGUGUGUUUCCGUCCUUAGGUCUACUAUGUCGGGAAGGGGCAGGGUUCAAAAGAAUUGGGGGUGGGGUGGGGUGGGAGGGGAAGACUUGACGGAGCCUCACUUUAAAAAACAAAAAAAAGGAAAAAAAACACUUUGUGAUUGGCUGGUUGAUAUAUACCAGUAUGUUCUGGCACAUGUAACUGCCCCGUGUGUGUGUGUGUGUGUGUGUGUGUGUGUGUUUCUGUGAGAGCGUGUAUGUGAGCAUGAUUGUGUGCGUGUGUGUGCAUUUUUGUCUUGGAAAGCUGCAUUGCUGUUGGUCAGCAACCUACCUGGCUAGACUCUUAAACUGAAUAAUGAUGGUGCCUGUGACUGGUGCAAAGUCAAAUUGACCUGUGUUAAAAUCUGUCAGUUGGUGGUAUUUUUAUUUUAGCAGGGUAUUCAGUGCAGUACAGAUCUUGUUCUGACCCUGUCAUAGAGCAAAACACUGCCAUAUCCUAAGGAUUUGGUGAGAGGGGUGCCAGUGUGGGAGUUCAGGGUUUUGACGGUGGGGAGGGGGGUGAUCUGUUUUGCCUAUAAGUGUAUUUGUGUCUCUAAUGAGACUUUUUGAGUGAACCCAAGCUUACUUUUUAUGACAAGGCCUUUCACCUUUUGGGGGACACCAGGGGGUAAUGGGCAUCACAUUUCUUUGUGACAAAGACCUAUGUAAUAGUUGAAGCUUCUGCAGUCCUUAAGAACCAAAUCCUGUAGCUAUUCCUCAAGUCUGCAUACUAAGGUUCUUUAUCCUUUCAUGGAAAAUCCACCAAAAUUCAGGCCUAACUGUAUUUUCUUAAGUGGUCUGCUGUUUGUGGCAAAACUAAAAUGUCAGUAGUUUGCUGGCCUAUCUUGUAUUGUGAAAGCACAUGCAGCAACUUUUGUUCUCCUUUCUCCAUAGUGAGCGUUACCUGUGCCAGGCCUAGGUGUAUUACAGCACCAGACCAUCACUGACAGAAACGUUUACUUACGAAUGUUCUUAAACCAGUGUGUACUUUGAGCAUUUUUUCUCUCUGUGUAUUUCCUGUGUAUGUCUUGCUUAGGCUUUGCUUAGGCAGGCAUAUAACUAGCAAAGACUUCUUUUGUUUAUAAAGUAUUGCACCUUUAUUAUUUUUACUUUUCCCUGUACUGUUGCUUUUUAUUGUCGGUAUUUAAAGAAAGGUUGUAUGUUGUUGAUGUUGUUGUUGAUGUUGUUAUUGUUUUAUUUUUUUAAACAACAGUGUACAGUAGUAGUACUCUGGGCAGGAUAGGGGAGACCUGUACUUAAUUCAGAAGAUUGCCAGUGUGUGCACUGGGACAGAAUUGCUUGUUGUGAAGAAAGCCGUAGCAAACAUUGCCUUUACUCAAAGCAAUUUUGAAGAUGGGCAGACAGGAUAAGAACAGGGAGAAGGAGGCAUUAUUCUUUGAAGUGUUAGAACUUAGCUCUGGAUUUUUACUAGCACUGCAUUAUACUGAAUAACAAAAGUGCUGCAAUAUUCUGUACCAGCAAAUACCUACAUAACUCCGGUACUUGGAAGUAGCAGAUCAUAAUGUACAGGAUCACAACAGAAGAUUCUUUCUCCUUCAGCAGUUUUAUUUAAAAAAAAUCAGUGGUGUCUGCUAUAUAAGCAUAAGUAUUGAUAGCAAAAUUAAAGCAAAAAAUUCCUCACAUUUAUGUAGAAAGGGAGGAGUUGUGAAUUCUGUACAUGAACUCGGUUUCACAGGAAGACUAAAUAAGGGGAUUACUGCAUUUACAUCUGCCUGUAACUUUGCUGUGAAGUUGAGUGGUAAACAUAGACAGGUGUUGCGUAUUCAACCUUCAGAAUCUGCAGCAUAUGUGGAACUUUUAAGUGUUUCCCUUUUUCUCCCUUUGUCAUUGUAUCUUUUAAGUUGAAGUAAAAUGUUUCCCCCAUUCCUGCCAGUUAAGUUUCCCUUGCAGCCCCUACACAUGCCUGCUCCUAAAACAGCUGUAUUUGUCUCUGGGGCCUCAGUGUUGAAAGCAUGCAGGACAAACUAUUUAAAAAAAAGCUCUGAGCUGGGAGGACAUCGGAAUACUGCACCUCAUGGCCUAGAAAAUAGUUAUGUGCUCCAAUAUGUGACUUGACACACAAGCAGGUUCACUACUGUGUUAUCACUCUCUCCCAACCUGCCCUACGGUCCCUUUGCCUGCACUUUGGAUUUGUUGAGUUCAUUACGAUACUACGGUGAAAGCCGGGUGCUAGAGCCCCUCUUGUUUACAAGACAUAAUGAGGGAUAUGACAUAUUUAAAAAAUGAAAAGCUAAAAUGUUCUUCCAUCACAAGCUUAAAGGGAAAAAAUUAAAAACUUUUAAAAAAAGACCAAAAAGUGCGUGUGCAUAUAUAAAUAUAUAUAUAGAUAUAAGAUGAAGACUAACUCUGGGAGCAUUUAACAGUGUUUUUGUGUUUUAACAUUUAUUUUCCUGCUUUAAAUUUGCAAGCAUUCUCAGGAAUUCUAGGGUAGGAAGCCAGUUUUCAAAGAUGGUUUAUUUAACCUUUACCUUAUCCUAGACAGAUGGUUGUUUCUUUUGUAAACUUUUACAAGUUCCUGAAUCUUCAAAAAGUUUAAAAGUUUUUUUUUCUUUACAAAAAGCAAAAAAUUUGAAAAACAAAAUCUAACUAAUACAAACUCCAAUUGUCAGAACUGGGGAUCAAAAAAAUUUUAAAGUACAAAUUGAUUACAAAAGAAUUCUCAGUAGCAGCAACACAAAUUCAUUGUAUUCUUAGAAGUCCAAGUUGUGAAAAGAUUUAUACUUUUAGAGCUUAGUCUCAAGUGGAAGUGCGUGUGCAGAUGAGUGGGGGAGAGGAUUGUGUAUGAAUGAAAGUAUAAUCAUCUAGUUGUUUCACAGUGAACAUAAAAUCUUUCUCCAAGCACCUUUUUAAAAUAAAAAGUUAAAAAAGAGUAAAAAAUGCAUUUUGAUUUGACUAAAUCAGUCAACCACAGUUACGAAGAAUUGCUGGGAGUACAGGAUGGUGCUUCUUGAAACCAAUUUUAGAUUGACAGUGCUUCAGAGAAGCAGAAUCUUUAUUCUGUCCCAGUAAUGGAGCUGUUUUAACUUUUAUUAAUUUUAAAACAGAAAAUAGGGAAAGAAGAAUGUGGGAGAAAUCAGUGAAGUGUACCUGGGAAAAAUGGCUUGGUGUAUUUUAAUCAUUUUGAAGAUUUUUUGUUUGCUUUUUCCAUUUAUCAACCAGAGGUGUGUAAAUGAGAAAUUUUGGGAAGUGGGUUGGAGGUAAGAUAUAUUAACUGCUGCUGCCAGGUACUGGGACUCCCAUUCUUAAGAACCAGUUUACUGCAGCUUUUUCCUGGGAUGGAUAGCUCAGAGCUUCCAGCACAAAGAGAGAAGGACUUAAUGUGCUUGAAGCAUUUUUGUUAGAAUGAAAAUAACAAACCGCUUUAGUGCCUUUGUAAUACAUCCUUGCAUCCUACAAAAGACAUAUGCAGUCUAGUCACUCCAAGGAAACAAAUGAACCCAUUUUUCUAAAACAAAAAGCAUUUCUCUGUGCAUGCUGAAUAGAAGCCUCAAAGGCCUGCUGUGCAAAGAGUUACAUAUAAACAUUUUUCUUUUAAAUCUAAGGGCAAUUUCAUGCAUUAAUACUUUCUUGUUUUGAACUACUCUUCAAAUAGAAGUGUGAAGUAUGUGAAGUAAUGCCUGGUUUUCUGUGACUUCAGUUGAGUGUUCUUUCGCUGUGUGCUGCAUUGUUUCCCAAAAUUGCACCUUGAAAAAAAUGCAUCAACUGAUUCCUAGUGUGAUAGGCCAGUGACAGGAGCCCCUUUUGGUUUUUUAAAGGAAGUUAUUUAUCUGAAUGCUUUAUCAGAGGCUUUGACUUAUUUCCCCCUGUAAAAAGAAAUUAAGUAGACAAUUACAAAAGCCUGUUACUUGGCUGACAACUGCUGAAGAAGGUAGAAAGGUAAAUGUAUAACUGUCAUAUUUAAAGCAUCCUUUACCUCUCAACAUUUCAACCUAUGCAUAUUGAAGUUUGUCAUAUUUUAGAAGAAGUGAACUAAAAUAUCAAUCUUAGCAAUCUUCCAUCCCUGAUGAAUACCUGAAAUGUUUAAUCAGCCCUUUGGACCAUAGCAAUACAGGUUUCCAAACACCUUUUCUGUUUUGAAUCUGCUAUGUUCUCUGGCCAGUGAGGAUGAUACUUUUGGGUCCUAAGCACUAAACUAUACUUGAGAAAAUGUUUUCUGCAGCUGUUUUGUGGGUGGUGUUACCAUAUUUUCAUGUAUGUUCUACACACACACACAAAAAGGCAAGAGGUCUCAAAUUACCAGAGCACCCUGCGCAGCUUGAAGCCACGUGUCAAAUUUUUCCUUUACUCUUAUAAAGUUGCUCCCUCCAUGAAAAGGAGAAACAGUCCAUAACAAUGUUUUGUCCUUCUCCUUUUUAGUUGUAUAUUUUAAAUGCACAUGCCCAACUUUAAAAAAAGGUCCCAUUUUGGUUCUAUUCACACUUUUAAUACAUAUAUAAACCUACUGCCAGAACCAGCAUCUAAUUGGAUGGGUCUUGCAAUAACAACUUUCCUAUAAUAGUACUAUUCCCAGAAAGCUGCUUAUUAUGACAUGCCGAACCAUUCUGGGAAGGUUGCAGUCUUUUCCAGUGCACCCAUAUAAAGUGGGUAGAGUGAGCUUUUCCUUCACUCUUGGGUUCCCUUUGUAAAGGAAUGUGUUAAAAGCAUGUUUUUCCUCUGCCACUUAGCCAAAGCAAAACUCUUCACCUUGACUUAUCUUUGAAAAUUAAAUAAAUUAGUGAAGAAUAUAAACAGACAGACAUUUCCUGUUUGAUUUUCAAUGCAAGCAUUUGAACUGGCAAUUGUAACAAGUAUUAACACCUCUUUCUAUUCUGUCCUCCACUGCCAUGGCAAAUGUUACCCAAUCUUCACUAUCAUCCAAAUAGUAGUGUUCAAAUCACCUCCAUUUUUUAUAGUAUUGGCUAACUGGGAUACUCUGUUCUCCCCUGAGAAGGUUGUGUUUAGUUUAGUUUAGUUUAGUUGUAUUGUUCCUUCAUUAUAAAUAUGCAACAACAAAAACACUCUGCAUAUAAUACAAAUGCUACCCAAAAUGCAGUUAAAGUGAUGCAUUCUGAAAUGAAUACAUGCUUUCCGAGGCAUGCAUUGAUUGGAGCGAUACUGACUGAAGGAAGAUGGAUAAAAUUACUGGUUUUCCUACUAUUACUGGUUUCCCUAAUUUUCCACAAAGCUACAGCUGUUCAUUUGAAUGCUGAUCAGUCUCCAUGUUAUGAUAUGUAAUGAUAUGGGGAGCAUUAUGUAGAUGGAUGAUUUGGUAGUAACAGUUACACCUGUUGAAUACAAGGCUUAAUCGGCAAAGAUGUAAUGUUGUUUAUUCUUUAUUCCAAUAAUAUUUUGCAGGUUUUCCUACUGUAGCAAUCCAUCUCAAAGGUUUAAAACUUUCCUGAUUUUUUUAAAGUAUAUAUUGACUCUGAGCCAUACAAUUUGGUCAUACAGUUGUUGAUCUGUUAUGAAUUAGGAAAUUUCUAAGAAAAUUCUCUAGUGCUCUUAAGGGUGGGUGAAAGGAGUAAAAUAAACAAAUUUUGUGCUGAAGAUAGCUUUUAUCCUCAUUUAGGACACUGCUAAAACGUAUACAAACAGUCGCCAAAUUAAAAGGAUAGGGAACAAAAUUCUAACCUGGUCUUCUGGUUGUCAGGCCUCAUCAGUUGCUGGCAGUUGUCAGACCAACCUAAGUGCCCUUUAACUGUUCUCCAUAGCCAUGUCAGAUACAGAUAAGCAGUUUCACAUGGCUGAGAGGAUAUUUAACAGGCACCAUAGACGUUACCAAAUGUGUGAUAUGGAACAGUGUCAACAUACCUGCUUCUUAAGUUUGUGCAGUAUGGCAUAUAUUUACAAAUUUCUCAGAGAUAUGGGCCAUAGAAGGAUCAAAAGAAUCAACCUCAAUUAAGAGCCAGUUUCUUCAUAUACUUGGCAGUGGUGAUAGCUGGAGUUAUAUACCCUUGUCAUUUUUUUUAAAUGCAAAUUUUUUUAGCCAUAGAGUUUGAAUGUGUUUUUACUUGAGCCUGACAACCAUCCAUUUUAACACAAAUCCAGGUUAUUGAAGUUAAAGCAUUGUGCCAGGCAGCCUGUGGGUAUAUUUUGACACAUGAUUAGCUGUCCAUGGAGCAAAGUAAAAUAAGAAUAUGGAGAAGUGUUCCAUGGAUAAACAACACAGUUGGACAGUGUCAAGCAAGAAGUGGUUUGGGGUUUUUUAAGCGCUUAGUGCCUCAUCUUAGGUAAUAGUGCACCAGUUAAUGCAUUCAAAGAACUAAAGUUCCUCAUUUCUUACCAUGUUUUAAUCAGAGAAAAUAAAUGCAUAUUGUCUUUCUGUAUUAGAAAAUGCAACAAUUAAUUGAGUCCUCCUUAUAAAGAUUGCUUUGCUUGCUGGAUAAUUAUUUUUGUGGCAUGGUUGUGAAUAUCAAGUGCUUUUCUUCUCCUUCCUUAUCCCAGCCAGAUUGGCUCACCCUCCUUUUAUAUUAAGUGCUGAGUGCUUUGAAGUUUGGGUGGGAAGGGGCAGGGCAUAAAGGAAAUAAAGGGAGCCAAGUUAGAGCAGCCUUACUUUAGGGAGUAGCCUUACAACAGAGCUUUAUAGUGAGGGUGUGCUGUAUUCCAAAUUGUGUAAGCCAAAAAUGAAAAAAAAAUCAUUUAUGCAAAAAGAGGCAUUAACUUCUUAACAAAAUAUGUACCUUCUGAAGGUAGAAUAGGGUCUCAUGAAGUGAUACAUUGUGAUGCUUCUUGCUGGGUCAGUAGGUAUGGGAUUUGGGAUAUAAGCGCUUAACAUUCCCUUGUGGGUUUUUUUAGGGUUGUGUUUUGUUUUUAGUUUUGAACAAGCAGUAAGUUAAAUGUGGUAUCUCUGAAUGUGCCUUUGUGAGUGUGUGACUGUCAGUCCAAGAAGACUACUUGGGCUUGACAGGGAGAGAUGAUAGUCAGUUUAUUCUCUCUAAAGGUCAAAUGCAAAGAUUCCAGCCUGCUGGUACCUUUUGACAAACAGUGUCUUUUGGGGCUGGUCUCUAAGCUGCGCAGUAUGCAGUUGUGUGUGGCAGAUGCAUCCAGGUGUGGAUGGGUUGUAAUUCACAUGUUGACAUUUUUAGGCUAGUGCUCCGUUGCUGGUUGAAUUCGUAUAUGUAUUAUGUAUCUAUUACAUUUGUGUAUGUGGCUUGCUUUAACUUUUUUUUUUUAAGCACUGGAAAAUGAAACGCAGUGAUGUUUGAGACACAUUUAUGCAUGUAGCGAAGAAGGUAUUUUGUAGCUUCUGCCAUUCUUGGGUGUAGGCACACUUUUGCCCUCUAUCAGUGUCCUGAUAAUAGAAAAAAAAUCUACCCUAUAACUUCUAGCACACUUAUUGUUGCCAUUUAAAUGAACAGGGUAUUACACAAGAAAAUAAGAUGUUUUUGAAAUGGUGAGGAAGAAGUGUUGUUUUUUAAUCUAAAAGUAAUUCUUUGUUUCUUUGAAGCUGUUUGUAGCUAAACAUGGGAAUCUGCAGUGUCUACUUUCAUUUGUUUUUUCAUAUAUAUUCCACCUCUUCUUCUCCCCACCUCAAAUGCAAGGUGUACAAAAUCAAGAGCUGCUGUAGCACCUCUCAGCAACCUUCCCAAAUGAAAGCUCUAGCAGGCUCUCUUCAUCUCCAUUCAGGAAGACAAAGGGAGGAGAGAUGCUGCAGCUUUCUUGCUUCGCUCUCAUUCCUCUCUAAUGGCCUUGAAAUGUAUUAUUAUGCAAAUGUGAAUUUUGAUACUGAACUUUAAGAAGAGGUUGUUUCUUUUUCAAACAAAAAAAGGUCCCAUAUGUGGUCAGCAUUGCUUCUUUUUCUUGUAAGUGAAUUGUAAACUAUGCAUUCAGCAAGAGAUGGUUUGGGGGAGGAAAAGAGAGUCCUGCGAAACUGUUGAAAAUGUUUCUGUGUCCAUUGAAUUCCAACACUGAUGUAGGAGGAAAGAGGUUCAUGUCAUGGGAGGACUUAAUGGAACCCAUCUCUUCUGAGAAGUUGACAUCUUUGAUUGCCAGGCAGAUUUGUUUUUUGUUUUUGUUUUUGGAGGGAAUAAAAAUCAACUUCAGAAAUGUAGUCAUGUUUGCCUGUUUCACAGGACUGCUUUCUUGCCAUGCAGUGUUAGACCAGGAUCAGCAGCAUGACACAAAACAGCCCAAGGAGAGAAUUUAUCUACAUAGCACCUCCUCCAUUUGUUCAACCUCAGGAAAUGGCACCUCAUGCACUGUCUUUAAGGAUUUACUCUACAACUUGUUCUCCUUUACAACUGCCCUUGUUCCUCAGGAGAAUUACAAUGUGGCUUUUCCUUGCAUGCUUUUUCAAAACUUUGUCCUAAAAGUUUCUACCAAUUCCCAUCGCAGAUGAAACAAAAAAUAGCAAUGCCAGCUUGGAACUGCUGUAGAAUAUAUACUGCACUGGCAUUAAUCCAUUCCUUGUCUUCUAAUGUUCAUCAGAACUGUUCAAGGAAGAUGGCAUGCUAGUCACCACCUGUGACUUCUUUGAGCUAAUACUACCACUAAUAAAAUGGAGGUGAGUGAUAGAGACUAGAAGGCAAAAUUUAUAUGGAUGCUUUUGCUGGCAAGAAGCUGCUUUGAAAGGGGAAAGAUUUCACAUCCUUUCUUCCAGAAUGUAGAGGCUGCUUCCCAUGUUAAUGGAGGUGUGUUUCCUUUACAAGUCUCCCUUGGGUGUUGUGAACUGUGGUAUCUGCCUCAUUUCACCUUGGCAUCAUCAUAGCCAAGAAAUUCUCCUACCUAUAACUCAGUGUUUUUUUUUCUCAUGCAGCAAUUUUUUGUUGGUGUUCACAGUACUGUAAUGAAUAAUAAAUAGCCUUGACCGCUCAUUCUCACAUGCAUACUUGCCUUGCAGAUGUGAUCUUAUCAGGAUUCUUAUCUGGUAGAUUGCCUUUUGUUGUUGUUGUUGUUUGUUGAAGGGGGAAAGUUUCCAGCUCUUUGUCUCAAAAUACCUCGUGGUGCAUAUUUACCUUUAGUGUAACUGGCCUUGUAUAUUCUCUUUCAUACUUAGUAAAUUAUACUCUUCCUACAUUUGUCCUAGUGGUUUGAAGACUGGAUCAAAAGGCUGAAACUCCUGAGUUCUAAUCCUGGCCUUUACUCUUCCCUCUUUUUGCCUUAGGCAAGAGUCAUUUAACCUUUGCCUCAGUUUCCCCAUCUGUAAAAUGGGGAUAAUAAUACUUACCUACCUCACAGGGGUUUUGUGAGGAUUGACUACAGGUUUUAGUGAAGUGCUUCAAAGAAAAAGUACUUUUUAUAAGUAUUAUUAUAUGGAGGUGUAACUAUAGCAGGCUACCUCCUUUCCCAGUCUUAGACGUACAUCUCAGGGAUGUGCAAAGAGGAAAUAGGAGAGGAAACAGUGUAUUUUAUUUUUUACUUGUUAAGCCAUCAAAUACUUUAAACUACUUUUAACAAGAAGGAAGGAGCUAAAGAGCUGAACUAUUCACAAAUCUCCCUCUUGAGUUCCACAUAUAGCAUACAGAAAAGCCAGUCUUUUAACAGACACAUUUUAAAAAUAAAGUACACUUCCUCUUGAAUUGGAAUAUGUAAAGUUUGCCAUCUUUUGUAUGUCCCCCUUUUAAUUAGAUAUGGACUUUUUUGUUAGAUUAACAAUGGCAGCACAUCUGCUGCAUUUGGGAAAUGACAAUAUUUAUCAAGUAGUUGGCUUAAAGAUGGGGACGCUAUCCAAAACUUGCUUCCCUGUUUGUGUGUUAAACAUAUGCUGCCUCAUUCCCAAUAAACACAAGCCAUUUUAUGCCAAUAGAACAUGGAAACACAGUAAUGUUCAUUAAUAAGAGCUGCUUGUGAAUAUGCCUUACAGCCUUCUCAAAAUCUUUGGGAGGGGGGGUGGAAUAAGAGGUUUGGGGUAAAUUCCAUAGUUAGGGAGUCUUUGCUGCUUCCUCCCUUUUCUGAUCAAAUUAUGGACACCAUUCUCUCUUCAAUCUUAGACGUGCAUCUCAGGGAUGUGCAUAUUGAGCCCAGCAUUUGGAUCUUGGAAAACCUAAGAUUUGGUUCCAUUCUAGAUUUGAAGUCUCCAUAUUGGACACUCCCUUAAUCCUUUUCAUCCUUUACUCCCCAAGGAGCAGCUCUGUCCACAACUGUUAGGUGAUUAAAAGUUCUACAGUGAUCAAAUUCAACAUGAUGCAGGUAUAUGUGUAUCUGUAUCUCUUUGUUUGUUUGUUUGUGUAGGUACAUGAUAAACAAAUGCUCACUUUUUCCAUCUUCCACUAGUUUGGGGCAAGAAAACCGAAGUGCAGAUCACCUAACAAAAACAAACGGCAGUUUUGCUCUGCUAAUACAUAUGCACUGCUUCCUUUGGAAAAUAAGUUAAAACAAGUUUGUUUGUUUGUUUGUUUUGAGGGAGGGAUGAAAAAAGCAAUGGAGUUCAGAACUACUUAACUUCCACUGGUUAGACAGAGACUUGAAAUGCUGCUUAAUUUCAGAGCUCCUAUGGGGCUAUGUUUACAAAGAACUGAUCAGGAAAAUGACCAAUUGUGGAUAUCCAACUUAAUGAAUUAUGCUUCAUUUCUGGUGAGCAAGCCAUGUAGUGGAAAAUGUCUUAACGGAAAAUGAAAGAAGUUUAACUCCACCUAGCCUUAUUUGUGAAGUAAACAAUAUUUUAUGUCCAAAACAUCUGGAUUAGAAAAGGCAGCUUUUCUACUUUGCACAUAAAUAGGUAAUACGAAGGUACAGCUGAAAUGCUAUUGACUGAAACACUCUCCCUUCCCCCAUGCAGGCAUAAUAGUGGAUACAUAUAUUGAGGCUCUUUGCAAAGAUACCUAUUAGUAUUUUUUCCUUAUACUUGAAAUAAUGUACCCAUCUCUAUUUGUCAGUUGGGCAUCCAAAAAGGGCGGAAUAGUGGAAAAUAGGAGAAGGCACAAUAUGUUUUCAUACUAGAGUUUGCUUAGUUCUCUCCCCUCCCCCAUAGUGCUUUUAUUUCAGCUUACUUUCUAUCCCAGGAAUUCACAUGGACACAGAAACACAGCACUUUAUGUGCUCUUGCAUGGCAUGCUGCCCUCCCCUUCUCCCUCUCUUCUCUAUUUUUAUUUUAGUAUAGUGGUACUUAAAAUCACUGUUUCACUUAAAAAGACAAUAAAAUGUUUAAACUCUACUAAUGUACAAAUAAGCUGAAAUGUUGCAUUUAUGUGUAUUUUGCCAUAGCAGGUACUGUAUUUCUCAUGCUGGAUUUCAAACCAACAAAAGGGUGAUGUUUUAUUGGAGUGUGACAAGUUGAGAGUAAUAAGGAAUUAAGUCGUCGUCAUUUCAUUGAAAUUGAGAGAUGGUGUAAUACAUAUUACGUUUUCUGAAGGUUUUUGUUUUUUGUUUUGCUUUUAAGGAGCUUUUGUUUUUAUUUUGUUUUUGUUUUUUUUAAGAUAUGAUUGUAUUAUGUGCAACUCAGUUGCUUACAUUAUAACUACAAAAUAUUUUUGGGUUCCUGGAAAAGAGAGACUAAUAAAUGUGUUUGGCUGCUAAGCAUUUAA